GGUACUAGAGGACUGCACUACUAAGUUACUAACUGAUUUUAGGUCUUAUAAUAACAACGUUAACUUCCUUUGUUUCUUCCUCUUCGCCGCACACCCAACGUCCACACUACCAUCUAACUCACUGGUUAAUUAUAAAGGAUCUUAAUUUUUUGGCUUUGCAAGUUGAAGCAUUUGAUGGAUAUUGAUCAAUCGGUUUUGGUUCAGUCUCUGCCAUGGCUCCUGCACAGCCAUUAAUGGAUAUUGAUCCAGACUAUAAACAACAUCCUUCUAUAAAAGUUGAAGUUGAUAUAGAUAACGAAAAUAUCUUGGCAAAAUUAGAAGGGACGGAUUCAAGGUGCAUAGAUAGCUGUGGGGAAACAGUUAAUGAGAAAGUCACUACAUUAGAUGAACAAACUAAGCCAAUGGACCCUGAGGAUAUAGCAGUUGACAUAGUUACAUGUAAAAAUGUUAAUGAGACCAGAUCAGCAGAAGCUGAAGAUCCAGAUGCCACGGAAUAUUCAAGCUCAUUCGCCGACACUUUUUCUGAUAAUGAGAAAUGCUCUGGACUAAGUGAAACUGAAGUAGAAUCACAAUUUUUUGAUGACAGUGAUUUGGUAUCACCAUAUGAUGCAUUCAGUAGCAUCUUUCAAACAAGGAAGAAAAAGUUAACCAAUCACUGGAGGAGCUUCAUACGUCCUCUGAUGUGGCGUUGCAAAUGGGCAGAAUUGAAAAUUAAGGAAAUUGAGUCUCGAGCUUUAAAAUAUGCCAGAGAACUUGUGGCAUGUGAACAAAGAAAACAUUCGCGAAUCUAUCAAUCUACAUUUGAAGGUUUUUGUUCGAAGGCAUUGCCAUUUUCAAAUCAAUGUUAUAAAAGAAGGGCUAUAAAGAGGAGGAAACGAAAGCGAAUUGAGGAGACCACUGAGACAUCAUCAUAUAUGUUACAUCAUAACCUUUUCUCUUAUUUGGAAAGCAAGAGAUCUAAUCCAGAUGCAAGUUCUAUGAUUGAUGGUCUUGACAAUGCAGCAAUUACGGAACAACGUGCUGAUGUCAAUGACAAGUUUGGCAUUGAUAAUGACCAGUUGUCUUUUGAGCUCGAAGAUGGUGAUCAUUCCUUAGAGCGAGUCCUUUGGAAAAUUGAAAUAGCACAAUCUCGGAUUCACAAGCUGAAAAAUCAACUUGACAUGGUUAUAUCAAAAAAUACUGCUAAAUUUUCUUCCUCUGAGACUUUAAGCCUUCUUGUGCCGUGUGAUGCACAGACUAGUUCUGCUCCUAGUCCUACAUUCUCUGCUGGCAAUGGAGAAACAUUAUCGAUAGGAGCUAUGCAUAAUGCAGCUCAGCAUAUCUCAGGAUAUGAUAUUGGAGACUUGAUGUUGCCUGAUAGUGCCAUAUCAAGUUACGGAGAGGUUAUUCACGUACCUGAUAUAAUUGAAAGCACAGUCGGAAUGUUGUCUGCUGCUGAUGUUACCUUCCAUCAGCCACAAAUUGGAGACUCAUGUGAAGAUAUUCUGGAUAAUGUGCUGAUACACAAUGAAACAGUUGAGGGGGAGACGCACACUUUCAUAGGGACAAGCAAUCAACUCCUAGAGAAGCAUCACGAACCAGAGAAAGGAGAAGAAGGAGAAAGUACCAAUCCUUGUCCCAUUCCUACCUCAGAAGUUGAUCCAACGGUAACAACCACUGUGCCACACGAGCAAUCAACUCUAAAAUCAUGUUUAGCCUCAGACAUCCAAUUUCCAAGAAAUAAAAGGAAGCGAGGGGAGAGGAAAGCCAGUUCUGGUGGUUGGAACAAGAAAUGUUCUGGCGAGCCUGAUAGCCAGUGAUUUGUCUAAAUUUUUUUGUCAAACUGGCUCAGUAAUUUUCAAAUGCUAGGCUUUUCUAAUAAAGCUGCUGGAAGUGGUGCUGAACUUAUCAACAGAGUAAGGUCGCCCAUAUUCAUCGUUCAAAAUGUUAGCACCAGCUGUUAGCAGCAGUUAUGGUCGAGAACGCCAUUUCCACAUAAAAGACCAGUGUUGAAGCCUAACCAGUCUGAUUACCUGUCCUUUGUGCAUUAGUUCUGCAGGUUUUAUCUUUAGGUUUAGUUAGAAAUUAGAAGUGUAGCUCUAACAGACGGACAGGUGAAGUCAAUUUUCCAAGUCAAGAAUGUGUUUCUGUUCUUAUGAAGGCUGUUGGACAUUGAUGACUGUUUGUGAGCACAAAUACCGUCUUGUAUCUCCUGGCAGAGGCUUCGUUUAAGGCUUCUAUUGUCAAUGUUACCAGAGUACUUUUUCCCCAUUGUUUCUUUUCUUUCUGCCAUAUCUACCUGGCCAAGGACCAACUUGAAAGCAGCCUGCAGGCCCCACAAUUUAGAAGUGGACUAGAACGUCCGUGGGGCCACAGUUCAGUCACAGUUCCACUUCAGACCAGAACCACCAGUCUUCCAUUUUCUGAGCUUCUCAACAGAUACUGCCAAGUGAAAUUGGAAAAAAUGUUGGAACCAAGAGAUUACUAGCUGAAUUGCCUGAUUAUUGUUGAAUUGGAACACAAGCUUGAUAAAUUUUCUAAUGAAAUUUGAAGCCUAUUAAUUAAUUAA